AUGCUGUUUGAAGAACUAGUAGACAAAGUAUCUAAAUAUGAGGAGCUGCUCAGGGAAGAACAACAGAAGAGGAACUCUUCCAAAGGCACAUACUACAAAACCUCUUCUUCUUUAGUACACCCAAUUGAGGUAGAAUCAGAAGAAGACACAGAAGGCUCGGAAGAAAGAGAAAUUGCAGUGGCAGAAAUGGCAAGGUUGAAACAUCCCAUCAACUGCAAUGCUCUGACAAAGCCACCAAAGGACCAGAAGCCACCACCAUUCAUAGGAGGGUUUGUUCCAAACAAACCAACACAGAACAAGGCCUGCCCAACGCAGCAGAAGAAUGACAGAGCAACCAAAGAAAGAAAUAUCAAUUAA